AUGAGCAAACGUCAGAAUCCAGCUGAAUUUUUGAAAAGAAUCAUUGGAAAGCCGGUGGUGGUGAAGCUCAAUUCGGGUGUUGAUUAUCGAGGAAUUCUCGCCUGUCUGGAUGGAUUCAUGAACAUUGCUUUGGAACAGACAGAAGAAUACAACAAUGGACAAUUGCAGAACAAGUACGGAGACGCCUUUAUUCGCGGAAAUAAUGUUCUCUACAUUUCGACAACAAAUAAAUAA